AUGGCAGAUAUCGAAGAGGUUAUUGAUUUAUAUGCGCAAAUACCUACAUUCCAUCCUGAUUAUAAGCCUAUUAUAAAUCAAAUGCCACCAAGUUUAGUCAAACGAGCUUUUGAUCAAUUACUUAAUAUGAGGCGUAAUCCUAUUUCACUAGAAGAAAUUACAGAAAAAAGUGAUCGGAUUGAGCAAUAUUUAUAUAAUAGGCUAAUUGUUUACAAUAAUGCAAAAUCUCAAAAAGCUUUUCUUUAUAGUAUGGAUACCGGAAUGCAGACAGAAAAUAGUACCUUUUCAGAUAAAGCAAUACAGACAGAUUCCUUGGAUAAAGCAACCCAAACAGAAGAUAUUGAUCUCUCAACUAAAUUAGAGCAAAUUAAAAAG